UCUCGGUGUUGUCUCCGUUCUUCGCCGCCUGUCUCAGAGAUGAGUCUCUAUUGCUGCUGUUGCGGCGGCCGCGACCUCUCACCUCGUCGCUUUGGCUAUCUCCGCAACCUCCCAUGUUCUCUGCUACCUUCUUUCGCUUCCUCUCGCCACCCCUCCACUCGCUUCCUCCCCCCUCUCUGUUCCCUCCCCAACCCCAAUCUAACAGUCUCCCCUCCCGCGCCGGCCAACAGCAACGCCGCCGCGGCCACCCUCCCCUCCGUCCCCCGGUACCGCGAGGACGGACUCGACGAUGAAGCCCUCGACGCGUUCCUCGCCGACCUCAGCCCCAAGGAGCAGACCGUGCUCCUCAAGCGGCAGCGGGACUGGCGGCGGGCCCUCCACCUCCUCCGCCGCAUGCGGUCCCUCGCCCACUACCUCCCCAACCCGUUCCACUACAACGUCGUGCUUCGGACCCUCGGCCUGGCGCGACGGUGGGACGAGCUGCGCCUCUGCUGGCUCGAGAUGGCUAAAGAUGGAAUCUUGCCCACCAAUAACACCUACGCGACGCUCAUCGACGCCUACGGAAAGGCCGGGCUGGUAAAGGAGGCGCUUCUGUGGCUCAAACACAUGAGGGCCAGGGGGGUUUCGCCUGACGAGGUUUGUAUGAACACUGUCGUCAGGAUACUCAAGGAUUCUGGGCGGUUCGACGAGGGGGAGAGGUUUUUCCGGGGAUGGUGCAAUGGAAAGGUCGAAUUCGACGUUCUGGAGACGGAAACAGAUGGCUCGGAUUCCAUUAGUCCCAACAGUUUCUUGCUGACGGAGCUCUUCAAAUCCGGAAGUCGAGCACCUGUUUCCAAGAAGAUUGCUCCAGGCGUCGAAGAUGGUCCGAGAAGGCCGCGGCUUGCUGCUACCUUCAAUACGUUGAUUGAUCUGUAUGGAAAAGCAGGUAGGCUCCAAGACGCUUCAGAUGCUUUUGCUGAGAUGUUGAGGUCAGGUAUCGCACCUGAUACAAUCACAUUCAAUACCAUUAUCAACAUCUGUGGCACGAAUGGACUUCUCUCUGAAGCAGAGUCCCUGCUUGCUAAAAUGCGUGAGAGAAGAGUUGAUCCUGAUACCAAGACAUUCAACAUACUCAUGUCGAUGUAUGCUUCGGUUGGGAAUGUCAAGACGGUCUUGAAGUAUUACAACAAGAUAAGGGAGGUUGGUCUUUGUCCUGAUACUGUAAGCCAUAGGAUAAUCUUGCAGGUUUUAUGUGAAAGGAGCAGCGUUGGAGAAUUAGAGGAUGCGAUCGAGGAAAUGACCAAAGCAGGUGCUCGUGUAGACGAGCAGUCCGUCCCUGUCGUGAUGAAGAUGUACAUCAAUCAAGGGAUGCUUAAUGAGGCAAAUAUGUUCCUUGAGAAGCAUUGUGCCUCAACUGGCAUAUCUUCCAGGAAUUAUGCUGCCAUUAUAGAUGCUUAUGCCGAGAAGGGCUUAUGGAAGGAGGCUGAGGAUGUCUUCUAUGGGAAGAGGGGAACCAGAAACAAGAAUGAUGUAGUGGAAUACAAUGUGUUAAUAAAAGCUUAUGGGAAGGCAAAGCAGUAUGAUAAAGCUCUAUCUCUGUUUGAGGAUAUGAGAAACUUUGGAACUUGGCCAGAUGGAUGUUCCUUUAACUCUCUCAUUCAAAUGCUUUCUGGUGGUGAUUUUCCUGACCGAGCAUGGGAGCUUCUAGGCCGAAUGAGAGAUGCAGGGUUCAGACCUAGGUGCGAGACCUUCUCUGCUGUCAUUGCAAGUUAUUCCCGCAAAUCUAUGAUUUCUGAGGCCCUUGAAGUCUACCGAGAAAUGAAGGCACUAGGUGUUGAACCAAAUGAAGUUGUGUAUGGGUCACUGAUAGACAUGUUUGCAGAGGCUGGGAAGGUCGAAGAAGCACUUCACUAUUUUAAUUUGAUGGAAGAAUCUGGACUUCCGAUCAAUGGCAUUGUCCUGACUUCUCUAGUGAAGGCAUAUAGUAAGGUUGGCUGCUGGAGGGAAGCCCAGGAGUUGUACACAAAGAUGAAAACCCUUGAUGGUGGUCCUGACACUAUUGCCUCUAACUGUAUGAUUAAUCUUUAUGCAGAUCUUGGUAUGGUGACUGAAGCUAAGUUAAUCUUUAAUGACCUGAGAAAAAAUGGUGAGGCUGAUGGGAUUUCAUAUGCUACAAUGAUGUAUCUUUACAAGAGUAUGGGCAUGCUGGAAGAGGCAAUCGGCGUCGCUCAGGAGGUCCAGAAGUCAGGCUUACUGACCGACUGUGCUUCGUAUAACAGUGUCAUAGCUGCUUAUGCCGUCAAUGGGAAGCUCAAGGACAGUGCAGAAUUAUUACAACAGAUGAUAUCCAGAAAAAUAUUACCCGAUGCCUCAACAUUUAAAUCAAUCUUUACCCUAUUGAAGAAAGGAGGUUUUGCAAUGGAGGUGGUGUCACAGUUAGAGUCAUCUUAUAAUGAGGGAAAGCGAUUUGCGAGACAGGCUAUAAUUACCUCCUUGUUCUCCAUGGUUGGUUUGCAUGCUUGUGCACUCGAGUCGUGUGAUCUUUUUCUGUCUGCUGGGAUGCCUCUUGAAUCUUUUGCCUAUAAUUCUGCAAUUUACGCAUAUGGAGCCUCAGGGAUGGUUGACAAAGCCUUGAAUCUGUAUAUGCGAAUGCAAGACGAGGGACUGAAACCAGACAUUGUUACUUAUAUUUAUCUGGCAAUUUGUUAUGGGAAGGCAAGAAUGGUUGAAGGACUAAGGCGGAUUUAUGGUCUUCUGAAAUAUCAGGAACUUGAGCCUAAUGAAUCUCUAUACAAGGCUCUAAUCGAUGCUUAUAAAAUUGCUGGCAGGCAUGAUCUUGCAGAAUUGGUUGAACAAGAGAUGAGAUUCAGUGUUGACAGACCAACGGACGAUGAUUCAGAAGCUGAAGACUGUUAGAAAUUUAGGGUUCAUAUAUUUAGGCACAAAAACAUGCAUCUUCAUUCUGGCCUUCAUAAUUCGUAUUACAAGCAUCGAUGCCGGAUUUUGUAAGUUCAACUCUUUCUGACUUGCCAUGAUUGCAUUAUACUAACUAUAAACUAUAUAGUGUCAUCCUCCAUGCUUGACAGCCUUCCCGGUGAUUUUGAUUCGGUGUUUUGUAUGAUAGUUACAUGUUUCAUGGAGUUUGUUCAACUAAACCUUUGAAAUAUUAUUGUUCUCUUGAUGUUUUCU